UGUCGGAGAGGAAGGAUCCGCUCAGCGGCUCUGCGGGCUGAAGAUGGCGGACGAAGAGAACAGUCUUGGAAUGGCCUUCUCGGGCGCAUCCCAAAUGGACGAGCCUGCUGCCAAAAAGUCGAAAAUUAGCACUGCGACCAACGGUGGCUUCAAAGCCACAGACGCUGGUCAAUUUUCAUGCGUAUCGGGAGCCGCGGAGAGCUGGGAGGCGGCGCUGAAUUGUGCGCAGCCUGCGGAGAGGGAAGCAAAGCCGGUGAUGGCGGUAGAGCAGGCCCCAGGAGCGCAAGGCGGAGACAACAAUGGUAUGGGACCUCUGGUCUCCGAGCCUUUUAAGCCCGCCGUGACACCAGAGGACACCGCGGUGCUUGGGACGUUCGAGGACAACGCCGGUAGGAAACGAGGUGUGCGCUCAGGUCUCCUCGGGUGUGUCGAUCUCCCCUCCAAUGGCUUGGCUGUAACACCUGAGCACAUCACCGAGGAGGAUGACAGAUCUUCUCAUGCCAGCUCCAGCGACUGGACACCUCAACCACAGAUAGGUUCCUACAGUUUCAUCCAGCAACACAUCAGAGAGACCGAUCCAAGGACCAUUUUGAGGGAGUUGCUGCCUGAGACUGUGCUGCCACCGGAUUUAGAUGACAUGACACUCUGGCAGAUCAUCAUCAACAUCUCAGAACCUCCUAAAAGAAAGAAACGGAAAGACAUCAACACAUUGGAAGAUGUGGUUCAGUUACUCCACAAAAGUAAAAGGAUCCUGGUGCUGACUGGUGCUGGGGUGUCUGUUUCAUGUGGAAUACCAGACUUUCGCUCCAGGGAUGGAAUUUAUGCUCGUCUCGCUGUAGAUUUUCCUGAUCUUCCAGACCCACAAGCUAUGUUUGACAUUGAAUAUUUCCAAAGAGACCCUCGGCCAUUUUUCAAGUUUGCUAAGGAGAUCUACCCGGGUCAGUUCCAGCCUUCGCCUUGUCACAAAUUCAUAUCCAUGCUGGACAAGCAGGGCAAGCUACUGCGCAACUACACCCAAAAUAUUGAUACAUUAGAACAAGUGGCUGGAGUUCAGCGAAUCAUCCAGUGUCAUGGGUCAUUUGCGACUGCUUCCUGCCUCAUCUGUAAAUACAAAGUGGAUUGUGAAGCUAUAAGGGAAGACAUCUUUAACCAGCGAGUCCCCCACUGUCCUCAGUGUCCCGAUAUUCCUUUGGCAAUAAUGAAACCGGACAUCGUCUUCUUUGGAGAGAAUCUUCCAGAAAUGUUCCACCGAGCCAUGAAGCAGGACAAAGACGAGGUGGAUCUAUUGAUUGUCAUUGGGUCGUCAUUGAAAGUCCGACCUGUUGCCCUCAUCCCAAACUCCAUUCCUCAUGAAGUGCCUCAGGUCCUGAUCAACCGGGAGCAGCUGCCACACCUCAACUUUGACGUGGAGCUGCUCGGCGACUGCGACGUCAUCGUCAAUGAGCUCUGUCAUCGACUAGGCGGGGACUUUGAACAGCUCUGCUACAACACCGUAAGACUUUCUGAGAUCACGGAGAAACCGCCUAGGUUACCUGAGCAGCCACGAGGCGAGGCUUUGCCUGCUGCGGGCGACAGAGCGCCAGAGGAACUGAAGCAGCACAGCACAGACUCAGUCCUUAAGCCUUCAGAGGAGAAGCAAAGUCCGAAUGUAACAGAAACUGCCCCUAUGGUUACGCCUCCGGAACCUUGUCCCGAUGCUUCUUGCCCCAGUGAGAAGAGAGCUGAAGCCGAAGCUUCAGCAUCACCAGACAAAGACGCGGCAAAAGAAGAGGCCACAGAAGAAAAGAGCCAAACUUCCAACCUUGAAUUUCGUAGACGGUGCUGGAUGAAUCGAAUCGGCAGGAGUCCAAUCAGCAAACGCCUUGACACGGGCCAGUACCUAUUCCAAGCACCAAAUCACUACAUCUUCCACGGCGCUGAGGUUUACUCCGACUCUGAGGACGAGACAUCGAGCUCCUGCGGAAGUGACAGUGAGGAGUCCGAAUGCAGUGCCAAUGAGGGAGAGGAGGUCAGCGAGCUGGAGGAAGCCGACGGAGCAACCUGCCUCAGAGCCACAACACAAGACACUUUAGCCAACGAGGCCACGUCAAGUUUGCAGGCAGACAGUACGGCUGAACAAACUCAGAGCACCACAAACCUUUAAAUACCCAGUCCACAAAGCACUAAUUGUCUUUUUAUAUACACAUAUACUGUAUAUGUUUCAUAUAUUUUUUUGAUCAUCGAACUAUCAUUUUCAUAAAGUUUAAUUUGUGUGGCUAUGGA